UUCAUUCCAUACUUAUGUAGUCAAAGGAGUCAACUUACAUUCGACUGUCAAUUUUGUAAAUAAAAACUGUGUUCGUGUGAAUAUUUUCUCACUUCCAAAAAUUAGCAAUUGAGAUAACUAAAGAUGAACUACGGAAAGAAAUCACCCAGUAUGGGUACUCCGUCUGUUUAUUCUCAUGUAACAACACGGAGCAGUGCUAACCUGAGAUCGUCGAGAUCUGUGAGGAGUGUAAAGAUUCCAUGGUACCAAAAGCCAAUAGUCACAAAUGCUUUUGUUUUGGAUAUUCAAAGAGGUGCAAUGUUAACGGCAGUAUUUUCAUUCUUUUUGGCAAUAUUCACAGUAUGUACCGCAAUAUUUGACAUUUAUUGCUUAUCACAAGCAGCACCUGGAUCUACACAUUAUGGUUAUUAUAUCAUAUCUUACGAGUUCGUUUACGUGGGUAACAUGCAUGUUCGCAAUGCAUUGAUUGUCUUUGCUCUCUUCUCAAUGCUUGGUGGAAUGGUAAUAUUUGUCACGUCAUUGAUGCUGAUUAGAGCAUUGCGCAAAGAAUACGAGAAGAAGAUGGUACCAUGGUUGUACUCAUUUGCGAUAUUUACCAUGUUUAGAUUUCUUGCAUUUUUAUUCUUCAGUAUUGUCAACGAUCUGAUAUUUGCAUAUAACAUUUUGAUGUGUUUGUUCUGGAUUGCAUUUAUUUGUUUUUCUGUAUAUGGUUGGCUACUGGUCUACUCUUUGUACAUUGAAUUAAGUGACUUAACAAGAUUGGAAGAUCUGGCACAUUUGAGGAUUGGUACAAUGCAGUCUUUGAAUGCAUCGACUACUCAUUCUAUCGCAGGCUCCCGCCCUACAACACCUCACAGCACAGUUUCUACAAUGCCUGUUAAUUGAUAUCAAAGAAUCAUGGAUUCAGGUUGUUUCAGAACUACCGUCCAGCCAUGUUUUGGCCAAAAAUGUUAUUAAACAAUUUACCAUUUAAUAUAUAUUAGAAAUUUAAGCAAAACCAUAAGUAAAACUGAAGAACUAUAAUGAUAUAGUUUAAUGUUUUUUUAACUAUAGAAAUUAAACUUGACUUACU